CUGGAAUCCAAGCAUUCAGACUUAAUUUCCACUAUGCAGACAGCAAGAUGCUCAGCUGCAGAGUAGCAUUAAAAAAGGGAAAGAGAUACAGGCCAGGAGAAGCUCCUUUUGUGAUCACCAUUCAGAUUUUCUACUAAUACUUCUUGUGUACACACUGACUAGGAAAGGAGCCAAAAUGGUAGUCCAGAGUGCAGAGUUCAAAAGAGCCUGAGGAUGUUCUCUGAAGCCAUUCCUACACACUGAUUCGGUUCUGAAGAAUCUUCAGAGCAUGCUGAUCUUCAAUUUUCUUCAAGGAGAAUUUUUAAAUGAUUGCUUACUUAAGAUUAUUUUCUGGAUAAUUCAACUCCAGAACAACUUUAGUAUAGAAUAAACUGAUUCUAAAGGAAUUUUACCUUUAAGUUUAAGGUAUCACAUAAUCCAUGUUAUAAAGGUUCUUCUACUUGCAAGAGAUAUAAUGGUACCUCAUAUUAAACAUUUUAAUAUUUCAUCAGCAAUUUAUGUGCCAGAAAGCAGAAAAUGAAUAGUCAAUAUAUACGUCACGAAGUGCGAGGAUGUGAAACUAGCAACCUGAGAAACUUCUGGGAAAAGACAAUUGAACAACAAACUCGGUAUCUGCAAGUUGAAAGAGAACGUCAGCAAAGAAGUGCUCUGACAAAGCUCAGAAACGAAUGGAUGGAGAGGCUCGAAAAACGAAUAAAGAUGUUGAGGACCCAACCUGAAGACGCAUCUAUUUGAAGAUCUCAAACUCACUGCUUGUAUAGGAAGAGACUGUUUUGUGGGAGAGUAUGACAGCGGGAUUCAAAAACUCAAGUGGAUUUUACUCUGUGGCUUAAGCGAGCUAUAAAUAAUUACCAGUCAUUGUCAGAAGUUUCACAUGUGAAUUGCUGCUUUUAAUGUUAUGUAUCCAUCCCCUCAUUUGAUAAACAGACUGAAACACUCUGAAGUGUUCAAAACAAAUAAGUUCACUGAGCUGCAGAUGCACAGGAAAGAAAUGAGCAUUUUGCUACACUGUGCUCAGCAAAAAUAUUUCCAGGAUAGUAUGAUUUUCUCUCUGAACUAAACUGAUAGCAAUUUUUUCCCCAAAAAAAUAUUUAAUGAAUAGUUAAGUGAUUAUUUUUUUGUUUUGUUUUUAAAUACAGUUUUGUUUGGCUUUUUUUUUUUUUAUAAAUACAGCAGAGCCCUACUCAGACUAAGAAAGUGAGGAUACAUAUGAACAUAUAUUUACUUCCUAGAUCACAAGUACUGCCAAACCUGACAGCCAUUAUAGAUCCUAUUUGCCAUAUAUUAAAUAUCUGUAAAGCCACUAAUAUGUAGUCUGAGAAACAGGCUUUGUGAUAUACUGAAAAGAACUGCUUUACUUGUUAAGCCAAAUUUUAGCUAAAUUGAGAGGCAAAACGUCUUGGAGAUUUGAAGCUGUUUCCGGUACUCAAACCAAGUUGCCUAGAGCUGAACUGAUACAUGUUACACAGACAACCUGAUGCAUCUUCACAUCUGCCUGACACACUUGAGUGGAGAGCAUACUCUUUUUCUCUAACCUGAUGAAACCUAAUAUGUACUUCUUUACAACCAGUACCUUCACAAAAGCAGCAAAUUUCUUUUCCCAUAUUUCCCAUUCAUCAGAGCAGUUUCUAGUUCGCUUUCUAAUGCUUAAUAAGGAUGUGAUGUCUCUUUCAACAGUAUCAAAGCAUAUCAACAGCAAAGCAAAUA